GCUGCGGCCCGGAAAGCCAAGUCGAAUCUCAUCCACAUUUCCGGGCUUCCAAUACCAUGGCGUCAUAACGAAUACAUUUUCCAUGGCUACCGGUUCACUGAGUCAUGUACAUCCUGUAUCCAAUCCAUCUUCCGUCUCCAUAAUGAAUCCUUCAACAUCUGGUCACACCUGCUCGGCUUCCUCUACUUGAUCAAGACUCUCGCAUAUAACCAUCCGUCGGUGCCAGAGUACAGCGACCCUACCAAGAUCUACCUCACAGAAGGUCUCAUCGGCAUCUAUUACAUGUACCUGGCCGCAGCCAUUGUCUGCACCGCAUGUAGUGUCUCUUGGCACACGAUGCGCUGCAUCUCCUCUGGCACCACCCUGUCCUGUUUCUCCUCCAUGGACCUCAUGGGGGUGACUAGCCUCGCCCUUGCUUCCGUUCUCAUAACGCAGUUCAGCGCCUUUGCCGACUCCCCCUAUCAGCAGCUUACGUACAUGGGCAUUUCCACGGUUCUCGGCACCGCGGCAAUAGCCUCCUGCUGGCUCCCAAUCAUGCGGGCGACAGGAAGCUCAUGGCUCCGAAUCGGUGUAUGGAUUGGACUCGUUUCUGAGGGCGUUGCGAUGCCUGUGGUUCAUCUGCUGUGGACAAAGGGGCUACAUGCAACUCUGGAUCUCUACGGACCGAUGAUGCCGGCGUACGGGCCCAUCAUGGUGGGCGCCAUUCUUUACGCUUCGCAGUUUCCAGAAUGCUAUUGGCCUGGACGAUUUGACUACUUUGGUGGUAGCCAUAAUAUUCUGCAUGUGCUGAGCUUGUGGUCUAUC